GGCGCACGAAUUUUUUUUUUCUUUUCUUUUCGUUCCUGUACGUGCGAUGGGCACGCACUCAUCAUGCCGUGUCAUCCGCAUCGUCUCCAAACUAAUAAUUUUUAUCUGCUCCCUUCCAUACAUAUAACUUCAUAGCCUUGUGCUUCAACACUAUUAAUCCAUUUGAGAGAGAGAGAGAGAGAGAUGGGGUGGAUGGGAACGUUACUGGAGUUGGCAAAGGGGAAGCUGCUGCAGUUCCUCUACAGCAUCUACCUCUAUUUGCUCAAGAAGGCUGGGGAGGCGCUCACACCGGAGGCCCGGGCCGAGGCUGACUGGGCCCAUUUGGCCUACAUCGGCCUCGCCGUCUUCGUCGUCCUCCGCGUUCUCUACAGCUGCUGCUGCUGCGGCGGCGGAACGAUGAAGGCCCCCAGAAGAUGCGGCGGCGGAACGAUGAAGGCCCCCGGAAGACGCGGCAAGCGCAUCUCCAGGGCCGGGUUCGAGAGCAACCCCAGUGGCUACUUCAAGAAUCUAAGAUCCAAGAAAGAAUAAAUAGAAGAGAAUGCGCUCCAUGCAAAUGUACAUGUGUGGACGCUCCCUAGCUCUAGCUGUUCCCUCAGCAAAUGUAUCUCUAAUCUUUACGCUCAUUAAAGGUUACGGAGGGGUGAAAGCAUGCGUAUGAAUAGUAAUGUGUAAUGUUUUUAGAAGUAUUAAUUUCAGUAUGAUUAUUGGAUUUCAUAAAUAGUUUAGAGAUGGAACUAUAUACGUGUGCUUUAGUUGGUUUGGAAUGUUCGAGGAAUGCAUGGUUUGAAAUGACGUUGCUAAUAUUAGAGAGAAGUAAUUUUGUUAUGUUCCCUUGAAUGUCCUCGUGUGAGUCCUCUCUGAAAUAAUCAUUAUUAAUUCUGUUAUGCAA